AUGCCAAUCAACGAACGCGAUAAUAACUCCAAAACCCCACUUCAUUUUGCCGCUGAAAAUAAUAAUUUAGAGAUUGUUGAGAAUCUUAUCGCUUCUGGUGCAAAUAUUUAUGCAAAAGAUAAAUAUGGAUGUUCAGCGCUUCAUAUUGCUGUGAUAAAUAAUGCUAAAGAAACUGUAGAAUUCCUCAUUUCAAAAGGAAUGAACGUCAAUUCAAAAAGUGAAGACGGGAAAACUCCUCUUCAUUAUGCAUCAGAGUUCAAUCGAGUAGAAAUAGCUAGAUAUUUAAUAUCUUGUGGUGCUCAUAUCAACGCAAAAGAUAAGUAUGGAUACACUUGUCUCCAUCUUGCAGCGAAAAGUAAUAGUAGUGAUGUUGCUAGACUUCUUAUUUCGAAUCGAUCAUAUAUUAACGUUCGAGAUUGCAACGGAUUAACUCCCCUUCAACUUGCCGAUCAAUAUAAAUCUACUAAAACAGCAGAAGUAAUUGAUCCAUCCCGUGUUAAAUCUAGUGAUGGUUGUGAAAUAUUUUGUGGACUUUUAUUCAAAUUUAUCAUAUCGCUUCUUGAAAAUAAGCAAUAA